AUGGCUCAGCAGGAAUACAAGAAACUUAGUGACAAAUUCUUCACAUACAAAGGAAUGGUGUUUCCUAUAGAUGAGACGUAUGAUCUUACCACAGAUAUAAUUGACAGUUUAAAGGAUUUUGAAAUAAGAGAUGAUGAUGUCUUUGCUGUUACCUUUCCAAAAUCUGGUACGGUUUGGACCCAACGUAUUAUUACUUUACUCUAUGAGGAAGAUUUCCCUGACAAAGCAAAUGAAACCACGUUCCAGCAGAUGCCUUGGCUGGAGUUUCGGGAAAAGGACGUGGAUUAUGAGUCCCGUCCAUCUCCAAGACUGUUCGCAUCUCAUUUACACGAGCACAUGGUGCCCAAAGGAUUGGAAGAAAAAGGAAAAAUUAUCUACGUGAUGAGAAACCCUAAAGAUGUCUUGGUGUCUUAUUUCCAUUUUGCUAAUAAAAUGAAGAACCUGGAAUCUGUCGAAAGCUACGACGAGUUGCUGAAUAAGUUCUUCACAGGAUGGAUGCUCGGUGGAUGUUGGUUCGAUCACAUCAGAGGAUGGAUCUCAAACAAAGAGAAAUACAACAUCUUGAUCCUGACUUAUGAAGAGAUGAUCAAGGACCUCAGAUCCGCCGUUGUGAAAAUCUGUGAGUUUGUGGGGAAGAAUCUGUCAGAUGAAGCGAUUGAUAAAGUGGUUGAAAGGGCCACUUUCAGCAACAUGAAGAAAGACCCCAAAGCCAACUACGAAUUCCUCCCUGAGAACAUGACUGACCAGCCAAAAGGACUUUUUGUGCGAAAAGGAACAGUUGGAGACUGGAAGAACUCGUUGACCGUAGCACAAAGUGAGCGCUUUGACAAGGUUUACUACGAUAGAAUGAAAGAUCUUCAUCUGGAAGUUAACUGGGACUUACACUGA